GAGAUAGCGAACGGAGAAUGUGACAUGACACUCAGUGACAUUCAGUGACCCGACCGAUAGUGGGAAGAAUGUAUGCCGCCAUUAUCAAAUACAUUAUACUAACGUUAUGCUACCAAACGAUCGCGUGGAGCAUACACGACUACAAUGCCGAGAGAGAUAAUCUAUUAGAGCAAGAAUUCGGAUUGCAAGUUGGUGGGAACAUUAAACUAAGUGACAAAGAAAACUCAGCGAACAAUGUCUUAAUGCGUUAUAAACGACAGGAAGUCGACGAAUCGUUCCAGAAUCCGAAAUAUUUCAACUUCUCACGACACUAUUUCACUUAUAAAAAUGAUAUCGAAAAGUCGAAAGUGUACCACAUAAUAAGGAAGAUGCCUAAGGGAGCGGCCCUACACGUGCACAGCUCGCUGAUGCUCAGCGCGGAACGUUUACUUGCUCUGACGUAUGAAGACCACUUAUAUGCGUGCUUCGCGGACGAUAAUUUAAAAUUACACUUCUCUGUUAACGUCCCCCAGCGACCUUGUCACACUGAAUGGCAACUUCUCAGCGUAUUAAGAAACGAAACUGAAGACAUCGUGUCUUUCGACGAAAGUAUAAAACGACACUUCACCCUGUAUUCACAAAACGAAAAGGACUUAAAGUAUGACAUUAACUACGUUUGGGAAAGGUUCAAUAAAGUCUGUCGUACAAUUAAAGAUCUCAUCGCGUACAGACCUGUACGAGAGAAAUUCUUCUAUGAGGCAUUAAAAGAGUUUUACAAUGAUAAAGUAAUGUACAUCGAAUUGAGAAGUGGUUUACCAAUUCUUUACGAAUUGGACGGGACGCUACACGACCUGACGCAUAUGCCUCGAAUAUAUCACCGAGUUGCGAAAAGAUUCAAAGAAGAUCAUCCAGAUUUCAUUGGCAUCAAAUUAAUAGUGACAAUACACCGCGCGAAGGAUAUAAAUAAAAUACGCAAAAGCAUUGAAAUUGCUCGUCGAAUCAAGGAGGAAUUACCAGACAUGUUUGCCGGUUUUGAUCUAGUGGGCCAGGAGGACUUGGGGAAACCGUUAGUGGAUUUUUUCCCGGCGUUAACAGAAGCGAAAGACGAUAUUAACUUUUACUUCCACGGGGGAGAGACUAAUUGGUUCGGAUCAUCGACAGAUGAAAACCUCGCAGACGCUAUUCUUUUGGGAUCGAAGAGAAUCGGUCACGGAUACGCAUUAAUAAAGCAUCCAUCUCUUCUGGCAGCUGUGAAAGCUAAAGACAUAGCUUUAGAAGUGAACGUUAUAUCCAAUGUUGUGUUGUCGUUGGUGAGUGAUGUGAGGAAUCACCCAUUGGCUUCAUACUUGGCUUUUGGCAUGCCAGUUGUUUUAUCAAGUGAUGACCCAGGAGCCUGGGGAGCGGAUCCGUUAUCCCAUGACUUUUAUAUAUCAUUCGUCGGUAUAGCUAGUAAGCGUGCUAACUUGCGUAUGUUAAAGCAAUUAGUGAUUAAUUCAAUUAAAUACAGUGCAUUGAACGCUAGUGAAAAAUUAGACGCGUUCAAAAAACUAUUUAAACAAUGGGACGAUUUCAUCGAAGACCUUAGUACGAAUUUUAGAUAAUAUAUUUUACGAUUAGUUAAGUUUAAUUGUUAUUAUUGUAGUUUACAUAUUAUUUA